GUGUGUGUCAGGAAUCUCCUUCACUCUUUAAAUCAUCUGGAUGGUUGUGGUUUCCUGCUGUGUUUGAGCUCUUGAACGUCUCUUGGUGUGAGUCCUGAGUCCUGGUUUCAGUGUGUGGACCGACAGCUCGUGUCCCUGCUGUUGAGAGUCAUGAACCUCACACACGCGCGCGCGCGCGCGCAGGCUGACCUGCUGAAUUCCUGCCAAUCCCAUCACGCACCUGCGCGUUAAUCUGCGGCCGCUGGUCUCCGCCUCAGGGUCCCUGAUGGGAUCAGCACUCGGCUCCGUGUCCUCUGUUGUCUCCUGGCGGUCUUGUUUUGUCGUCUUUAAUUCGGGGAGAAGCGACGAGCUGAACGCGGCCGCUGUGAUCUUUGGCGGUUUUUCGGACUCCUCGUUUGGUUGAUUUUGUUGCCAGGAGACAAAUUAAACACACGUGAGGAUCUCUCGUGUCCUCACCGUCUUCAUCACGUGGAAGUGUUCUUCCUUCGAGGAAUUAAACCACAAACUGUAAAAGUCAAGGACAUCUGAAGAUGGAGACCGGAAACGAUCACGUGAGCCCAAAAUGAAGUUUUUCCACACGUUUCGGUGCGUUUUGUGGACGUAGAGGAGGAUAUCUGUGUGUUUCAGAGUGAAGAGGGGGAUGAAGACAAGGUGAGAGGAUGGAGGGAGGGACGAACACACGAGCGGGAGAGAAAGACGAGUAGAAACGAGAAAGAAAAGAUGAGACGGACGGAGAGAAGAUGCUGAGAGGAGUUCAGAAUGAGAGAAGAAAAACCGAGAAAGGAAAAGGUGUGAGCGAGGCACGACGGUGUCGUCACACUCCUCUUCUUCUUCACCUGGACAACACACACACGCAUCAGCUGUGCAGCAACUGAUCUCUCCUGCUCUCGCCACCAUGGACGGGAACGGCGGCCUGGUGGAAAAUGGCGGCUGCGACGCGGCGCGGCAGCCCAGCGACAUCACCUUCAGUGCAAGCAUAAGCCCCGCCCCCGGCCUGAGGAGGAAGCACCUUCUGUGGCAAAAUGCCGUCAGGAACAUCAUCAACCAGCACAACCUGUACUCCCUGAGGCUCGCCGGAGGCCUGGAGAGAGGGAGGCACCGCAUCGUCGUCACCGACGCCUACAUCGCCGACAUCAACAGGCAGAUCCGUAACAAAGCGUCUCGCGGAGCGUACUGGCAGAAACGGCGCUCGUCGGCGGCUCGUAUCCACCCGACCACACCGAGGAUCACCAGGGCAACGCAGGCCAAACACGACUCACUCAGCGACGCCGACUUCUUCGUGUCGUGGGGGUCGACAGUGAGAGGCGUCUUCAUCCCCGCCCUGCAGCACACAUUCAAGUCUCCAGACCUGGAGCAGCUCUACCAGCAGUUCUCGUCCGGUCAGAGGAGAACUUCGCUGGUCGUCACCAACGUGAUCGACAUCCUGACCAGACUGCUCAUCUUACUGCUAACAUGGCCGCCGGGCUGGUGGGGCGUGGCCUGUGAUUGGCUGGUGGGCCUGUCGGUCGUCCUGUGGGCGGGGAUCUGUGUGCUGGCACUGACCAGGAGGGACGUGAUGUCAUCGCCGCAGUGGCUGAGGUACCUGUCUGUGGUCAGCUGGUGCUCUCAGACGCUGCAGGUGUUGGUUGGUGUCUUCAGUUGGGCGGAGAGCGAUCAUUCCUGGUACGUCUUCUUCUCUCUGUUCUCCACCUACACCCUGCUGCCCCUGCCCCUCUUCUGGUCCAUCAUCACCGGGGCAACCACCUCCAGCCUCCACCUGCUGCUGGACUUCUGCCGUCACUACGGCGACCACGCCGUCAUCAGAAUGGUGUUGUCCAAGGCCCUGUUGUACCUGGCCAUGAACACCGCCGGUCUGUUCAUCCACUACCUGUCAGACAGGACUCAGAGACAGGCCUUCCUGGAGACCAGACGCUGCAUAGAGGGACGAGUCAGACUGGAGAGGGAGAACCACAGACAGGAGCGCCUGGUGAUGUCCAUCCUACCUCGUUUCCUGGUUCUGGAGAUGAUCGCUGACAUGGCCCCCAUAGACGAAUAUCUGCUGCCUCAGCAGUUCCACAAGAUCUACAUCCACCAGUACAAAGACGUCAGCAUCCUGUUUGCUGACAUCAUCGGCUUCACUUCCCUCUCGCUGAUUCUGUCGGCUCAAGAGCUCGUCAAAGUCCUCAACGAACUCUUCGGUCGCUUCGACAGGCUGGCUGAGGAGCACCAGUGUCUGCGCAUCAAGAUCCUGGGCGACUGUUACUACUGUGUGUCCGGAGUACCGGAGCCUCAGAGGGGUCACGCUCGCUGCUGUGUGGAGAUGGGCCUCAGUAUGAUCAGCACCAUACGCUACGUUCGACGGGAGCUGCAGCAGGAGGUGGACAUGAGGAUCGGGGUCCACUCUGGUUCGGUUCUCUGUGGGGUUUUGGGUCUUCAGAAGUGGCAGUUUGACAUCUGGAGCUGGGACGUGGACAUCGCCAACAGCCUGGAGGCUGCAGGAGUGCCGGGACGGAUUCACAUCUCGCGGGCCACUCUGGACUGUCUGGGUGGGAUCUACGAGACGGAGGCAGGCCACGGCCAGGAACGCAACGAGUUUCUACGGAAACACAACGUCGACACGUACCUGAUCCGCCCGGCGCCACGAGAAGAGGCGGAGCCGCCGAGAGCGAGACGUCCGAGUUACGACGAGAUGACGACGUGGAGCGCCGAGCUGCCGUUCGGAGACAUCCUGGGAAUGAACUUUAUCCUCGCCACCUUCACGAACGGCUCCUUAACCCAGCUGCCCAAUCAGAUCGCAGCACAGCAGUCGGGCUCGCGGGAGGUCAACAAGAGGAUCCGUCAGGCCAUGGAGGUUCGGAGCAGCGAGCGAAUGAGGAAGGAGCACAUCACAACAUUCACUCAGGUGUUCAAAGACUCCUGCAUAGAGGGAAAGUACUCGCAAAUGAGAGACGAACUCUUCAAGUCCAACAUGGUUUGUUCUUUCAUCCUGUUGCUGCUGCUGAUGGCCGUCCAGAUACUGAUCCCCGCCCCACGGUUUUGUCCGAUGGUGGCCCAGUGUGUGGUCUGCGGCUUCGUUUACUUCCCGCUCUUGCUGCUGACUCUGGGGGAGGAGUUCAAGCGUUGCCCCGCCCCCCUGCAGUCUCUCUGCUGCUGGGUUCACGAAACCAAACUCGCCCGGACGCUGCUCACCCUCAUCGCCAUCACCGUCAACUUCGGGGUGGCGUCCUCGGACAUCCUGUGGUGUGAUCUGUCAGACACUCAUGUCAACAGCAGUGACUCCCAGCAGGCUCCGCCCACCUCCACCUGGCCCGCCAUCAGCAUCUGCACACAUCCAGAGUACAUGGUGCUGAGUGGUGUGGUCGCCAUGGUUACCUGCGCGGUGUUCCUCAGGCUGAGCUGCGUGUUGAAGCUGGCCGUCCUGCUGCUGGCCGCCGCCCUCUACACCUACCUCAUAGAGACACACAGGUCUCAUCACCUGUGCAAGAGGGGCGUUUGCGUUGUUCUCAUGGUGAUGUUUGUGGUCGCCGUCCUGUACAACAGCAGACAGCUGGAAGCGACGGCGCGGCUGGACUUCCUGUGGCGUCUUCAGGCGAGGAAGGAGGUGGAGGACAUGAAGGAGCUGCGGGAGCACAACGAGUGUCUGCUGCUCAACAUCCUGCCGGCUCACGUCGCCCAGCACUUCCUGGAGAGAGACCGCAACGACGAGGAGUUGUACUCGCAGUCGUACGAGCGAGUCGGCGUCCUCUUCGCCUCUCUGCCGGGUUUCUCCGACUUCUACGAGCAAAAGGAAGUCCGUCAUCAGCCUGUCGAGUGUCUCCGCCUCCUCAACCACAUCAUCACCGACUUCGAUGAGCUGCUGGACGAAUGUUACUUUCAGGACGUGGAGAAGAUUAAAACCAUCGGCAGUUCGUACAUGGCAGCUUCUGGCCUCUCACCUGACAGACAGGAGUGUGAGGACGACUGGCAUCACCUCAGCGAGUUGGUUCUGUUUGCUCUGGCCAUGCAGGAGACGCUGAAGCAGGUCAACACGCAGACAGGAAACAGCUUCCAGCUGCGAGUCGGUAUCGCUCACGGCCCCGUGAUCGCAGGUGUGAUCGGCGCCACCAAGCCUCAGUACGACAUCUGGGGGAUGACGGUGAACAUGGCGAGCCGGAUGGAGAGCACCGGCGUCAGCGGGAUGAUCCAGGUCCCAGAGUCCACCAGCUGCAUCCUGGUGGAGCGAGGCUUCCUACGGCAGCUCCGAGGGAACAUUUACGUCAAAGGCGUCAGUGAACGCCACGGAAAGGUUCGUACGUUUUUCGUGAGCAGUCGGGAGGAGCGUUCCAGUUUCGUAGAGCGCGGCUGUGGGCGGGGCUUCAGUCUGAACAGGAACACACUGGGAGCUGUGGUCUACAGUCUGGUCCAGGCCAGGAAGAGAGAGAAACUGAUGGAGGAGAACGGAGGAUUCCACCUGGUGGAGGCGUCGUAGGAGGAAGUCGAGGAGGGUUGCGUAGUCGUCAGCGAUGUAAAGGACGCCGUUAUAACCAAAGCGUCUUGUUCUGUGUUGUAGAAGUGACUCUGCUGAACCACCAGAGGGCGUAGUGGCAGAGAAAUUCAUUCGAUUCACUCAGUGAGUUUUAACUGUUUUUAUUUGUUAUUACGCGGACUGACCAGCAGGUGGAGCUGAACAGCAACAAGACGUUUGAUGUGUUGUUUUUUUGGGGUUUUUUUUUACUGACUGGUUUUGUGAAGAAAUUUUUUAUUAAUUAAAAAUUAAAGCAAAAACUUUUUUUAAAAAAUCGAUCUAGAAGACAAACUGAGAAAUUAUACAGAAAUUAUUUUUCCCAGACUAUAAAUUCUUCAGCCCGAACUCCAAGAUGGGUGGAUGAGCUGAUGACCAUGUUUUCUGACAGGAGAAAACAAAAGGGCUCCUUAAAACUCCUCAGUGUGUCUGGUUUGUUUUCAUUUCAAACAGCUCACGGACGCUGAGAGUUUUCCCAGCAGCGCGUGAACGCGUCACAGCUGAAAAUAAUUCCAGAAAAAACUCAUUUCAACAAGAAUCAUGUGUGACAAUUAAGACAAACGUGUCGGUAACUUCAUCAGUGAGGCUGACAGACAGCAGCAGCUCGUCUGUGAGCAGAUCUCACACUUUGGUGUCAGUCAUUAAGAAGCUACACAAGAGCCAAAUGUGUCUGUUCUGUCUGUGCU